UAUUUAGUGGGAAUAGUAAUAAACACCGCCGCGUCUCUCUCUUUCUUAGUCAUUGUGUUUUUCUGUCUUGGAAAGCUGUUUUUGUUGCAGAUAGAACCAAGCGUUUGAAGCAUCGGAGGUCAUCUGAUUUUUGUUUGUCACAGAAUGGAAGGAAGUUCAGUCAAUCGACCCAACCAAACUGUAUCAAGAGAUAAUGAGGCUGGCGUUGAAAUCCAAAAGAGUUCCAAACGCACGCGGAGUUUUGUUCUCAAACAAAUGUUGGAAGAGCUACGUGUUGUGAAAAAGGAAAGUAUGGAUGCGAUAGAAGAUAUCGAGGCCUAUCAGGUGAAAAAAGAACCAGUGGUCGAGGAAGAACAACAGUUUGGAUUGGCAGGAAAUGUUUUGGACCGUGAAGAGAUUCCAGGAGGGGGUAAGAAAAGCAAAGGGAAGCAACAGCCGGCAGUAACUUCUGGCGUGCAUGGAAGUAAAACCUAUCAUGCAGCUGUGUACCGUGCAUCAUUUCAACGAAGAGACAAAAGUAAUGCUGGGUCAGACAACCAAAAUGGGAAGGAUGUAGCCGUUGCAAUGAGCAACGAUGAGGGAAGAAUCCGGCGUGAAGGCAAAAGGAAAGGCUGUCAACCUGGAAUGGCUGUCACUGGCGAACGCCGAACCCGGCAAAAAAAGGACCUUGUAGCAACCAAAGAUGCCAGGAAUGGAGGUGCUGAAACCUGUUUGGAGAAGGUGAAAGGGAAGGCAAAACUUGUUGGAAACAGUGUGGAAAAGGCGUCCAUGAGGCAGAAUCAGAAAGCCAAAGACAAAGUUUCAGGCAGGAGUGUCAAUCGUGCAAAUUUUGGAAGUAGGAAAUCCACUCUCUCUUCUAUGGUUGUCAAAGAGCAGUUCUGGACCAGGGUUGUUGACAAUCCAGUUAAGCUGGCAAACAACGUUCUGCAUAUUCCAAGAUCAGUUGUUCGUGAAUGUAUCUCUGGCAAGAUUCCGAGAAUAACCUUGAUUGAUCGGAACAAUGCUGUUCCCUACUACUGCGAGAUGAUCAAGAGGGAAGAUACUGGGGACAGGUAUUUAUUGGGUGGAUGGUCGGACUUCUGUAAAGACAACAAACUUCAGAAGGGAGACACGUUGCGGUUCUGCAUUAGAUAUCCUCCAGUGGAUUCGAUCUCGGUGACCAUAGAGCGUGGAAAAGCAGAGUGAAAGAGUUGUGAACACGUAGGACGUGUUGUGUGUCGUAGAGAAAGUAUUAUCUAUGAAAGUCUGAUUAAAAAAAUUUCUGGACAUCUUUUGCAUUUUGGUAUUUAGCUUUGUUGGGCAUCCUCCUGCAAUUUGAAAUGGUGUUUAUUUUGUAGGUUUGACUUCAUUUAAUCUCAUGUUUUGUAACAAUUUCUGUCAAUGGCAGAUUAACAUAUUAAGUAUUUCAUGACUUGUUUGCAAUCAAA